UUGAAUGAAUUUUCAUCAGUUCCUAGAGUUUUCCGGAGAACCGAACUAUUCACAAUGAAAGCCAUCGCAGUUAUUGCCCUGCUCGUUCUUGUUGCCUGUGCCCAAGGCAAGGUUUACACCCGUUGCGAAAUGGCUCGCAUCCUCUACCACGACCAUGGUGUAAAGAAUCUUACCACCCUUGCCAAUUGGGUUUGUUUGAUUGAACACGAAUCAGGAUUCAACGAUGAAGCCGUGGGUGCCCUCAACUCCAACGGAACCCGUGACUACGGUCUCUUCCAAAUCAACAACAAAUACUGGUGCAAAGGAAACGUUGCUUCCAGUGACAGCUGUAAAAUUGCCUGUACCGCUCUUCUCGGAAACGUUGAUGCCUCCUGGAAGUGUGCUCAACUCGUGUACAAGGAACAAGGAUUCAAGGCCUGGUACGGAUGGCUCGACCAUUGUAAUGGAACUGCUCCAAGUGUUGCUAGCUGCAUUUAAACUUUUCUUCAAACGUGUUAAUAAAGAAUGAACUUCUUCAGCAAUA